CUUAACGUCAGUGGUCCGUUGACAAACAGACCUGUGGCUGUGAGCCUGUGACUGUGAGUGUGAGAAGAAGAUAAUGCAGACCCAGCUUCUGGUUGGACCCAUCCCACUCAAGGGCUGCCGUCGAUUCUCAUCCUCCUUCUCCGGCGAUCUCCUCCCUCCGUCUUCUAAUCAUUUCGGCCGAUACUUACAACACCACCACCGUCGAAGGCAGCGCGACGGCAGAUCUCGCUCUCACCGUUAUCGCUUGAAAACGACUGUUACUUCUGCUGCGUAUUCUUCUUCUUCGUCUUCGGCUUCUAAUACUGGCGGACAGAAUCAUUACGCUGUCUUGGGCGUAGCUCGUAACGCCACACAAGUUGACAUCAAGAGAGCUUAUCGCCUUCUCGCUCGAAAGUUUCAUCCUGAUGUGAAUAAGGACUCUAGAGCUGGAGAGCUAUUCAAGACCAUUCGUUGUUCCUACGAAGUACUAUCUAAUGAAGCUGCAAGGACUCAGUACGACCGAGCACUUAAACUUCAAGAAAAUUCUCGGUUCCAUAGAGUGAGAAGGCAAACCUAUACUCCUGAGGAAGAAGAUGCCAUGAAGUAUUACUACAGCUGGGCUGAGAAAAGACAAAGAUCCAGACACGAGAGAUUCUAUGGACACUAUUCAACAUAUCCAAACUCACAUUUCUACGCCGAGACCGAGCCACUAGAAGAGGAAGAAGAAGUAGGAACAGCACAAGACCAGCAAGACUCCUUUGUAGAAGCACUAAAAUCUGCUUUCUUGUCGAUGUUUCUUCUAUACACACUCGGUUGCCUAGCAUCUCUCACAUUUAGCACAUUGACGGCUUUGCUCGACAAGGAACUCGACAUGGGUUACAAAGUCGGGUUCAUGAUCGCAUGGGUACUAGGCGGAAAAGGCGGCAUCCUUCUAACUCUGUGUCUAACAUUUGCAAGCUGGCUCUGUGGGAAAGCAAGCAGCAGCGUUGUGGUUCUUGUGGUAGUGGCAAUGUGGGUUGGCUCCAAUUUAGCUAGACAUGCUCCUCUUCCACAAGGAGCUCUUCUCACCCUCCUCUACAUGUCAAUCAAGCUUCAAGUCGACUCCACCUGAAUAUAUUCUCAUCUUCUUCACUACGUCAGGUUUCAUCUCAAAGUUUAGGUUGUAAAUAGCUAAAAUAUCAUGUUCUCUAUUCCAAUCCCCCUUAAGAAAAGAUGUGUCAAAAGGUCUGGAGAUGAUUUGAAUAGUAAAGAGAAGAAAUUGCUUGUAAAAAGUUACAAACUCCUUUGUAUUACAAAAUCAAUGAAUCAAAGUUUACAAAAUUCA